UAUGUCACGUAUUUGCAUAGUGCAACUACCUCGAUCGUUUCUUUCAUCCGUCACUUUACAGAAGAAGAUUUUUGGUCCCCUUCACUUUUAGUCUGCUGCUGAAUCUUGACAAAAACACACACAAAAUGAGAUCCCUCUUCCUCAUCGGACUUAUCGUGGGCCUUACCACCUCCGCAACCCCUCCGAAUUUCAAGUGCCCAGAGAACAACGGGUUUUUCGGGGAUCCGAAACAAUGCGAUAAAUAUUACGAGUGCCAGGACAACGUUCCCGAGGAGAAAUUAUGUCCUGAUGGAUUAUUAUUUGAGAUCAAGAAUCCGAACCACGAGAGGUGCGACUUGCCGUUUAACGUGGAUUGCGGGGAGAGGACCGAGUUGCAACCCGCCGUCUCCACGGUCCAGUGUCCCCGGAAGAACGGUUACUUCUCCCACGAGGACCCGCAAGUCUGUGACAAGUUCUACAACUGCGUGGACGGAGUUCCAAACUCUGUCCCCUGCCCAUCAGGACUGAUUUACGACGAUUACCAGGGGACUUGCACGUGGCCCGAGUCAGCGCAGAGACAGGGCUGUGAAAAGGAGAACAGGAAGAAGGAAAAACUGGCCGACGGGUUUUCCUGCCCUGACGGGGAGGUCCUUGGGAACAACAACCGGCCCCUUCCGCACCCGACCUACCCCCAUCCCGAGGACUGUCAGAAAUUUUACAUUUGCAGGAAUGGGAUCCAACCUCAGUUGGGGAGCUGCCCCCCGGGGACCGUGUAUUCCGAGAGCAAUUUGAAGUGCGAGGAUCCCGAGGGGGUUCCGGGGUGUGAAAAAUGGUUCGACGACGACAAGAACUGAUCAGAUUUACUAUGGAAACUAUAUUUUUUUACAUACACAAUUUUUAUAAUAAAAACAUUGGAAAAUAAUAAAAGUGAAAUCUUUUCUAAAAAUAAAAGUUCUAAAAAUAUA